AUGACACUUGCCGCCGUCGCUCUCCUCGUGGCUGCCUUGGCCCUGGUGGCCAUGGUGCAGGCCAUCUUCUACUUCACGGCGGAAGACCUGGAGUCCGACGAGGAUUUGUGGGAGUUGUACGGCCGAUGGGCUGCUCACCACGAGGUGGUGCGCGAGCCCGGCCGCUUCCCGACCUUCAAGGCGAACGCCCACAUGCUCCACAGCGAGCAGCGAGACGUGGGCGAGCUGAUGGCCCUCAACGUCUUCGGCGACAAGUCCUUCGACGAGGUCAUGGCAACCACGUCGUGCUUGAAGAGAACCGGCGAGUUGCUCCCGGAGCUGGAGCAGUUGCCCGUCAUCGAUCUCGACCUCGUCGCCGCCACGCGAGCUCUCCCCAGCAAAGUCGACUGGAGGUAUGCAAAUGCUGUCACUGAUGUCAAGAAGUAG